AUGGAUGGGAACAAAAGUCAUAAUACAUUCUACUUUGAAACAUCAUAUAUUGAAACUACAAAUUUAAAUUAUUAUCACGGCUGUUUUCUGUUUGUUAUUGGAUCAAAUGCAACAGUUCUCUCGAAAAAUAUUAGCUACACACAUCGAAUUAUGAUCCUUACUGGCGAAGAUAAGCGAAAAAUAAUUACAAAUUAUAUGAAUAGCAUAGAUAACAAAGCAAAAAGCUUACUCUUGCCGAAAUCAAAUUCUACACCUGAUAAAUCUUAUAUUAAAGAUAACCAAUUUACAAUUUCUACGAUAAUCCAAAAAUCUCAAUCAGAUAAUUUUAAUUUAAACAAUUGCAACUUGAAGAAACCAUAUCCGGCAUCACCACUAGAUAUUACUAAGUGUGUUAAUAACUGUAAAACGACUGAUAUACCUGUUUUUCGAAAACUAAAAUCAGAUUUAGAAAAAAAAAUAGAAAAACUACAAGAAGACAUUAUAUGGCAAACUCGAAUGAUAACAUUACAUCUUUACUAUAGUAGUGAUUGCAAAAGCGAAUGCAUACAACCCCCAGAUAUGAUGAAUACAAGGCUAUUUAAUCCAAUAACUCUCAGAUCUUACGUAGGCAUCACAAACUUAGCUCAGGCUUCAUCAACCCUUAUAUCAUUCCUAAUAAGGAACCCAAUAAUACUAGAACAAGUAGUUUUGAGUCGAAAUGAUGAUCAAGAAUUUUUGCAUCUUGCUUUUUCAGCGAUACCAUCUAUUUUUGGCUUCUUCUCAUCACAUGAAAUGGUCGAAUUAGCAUAUAGUUUCUACGUGCAUGUAACAGAAAUGCCAAAUACGUUAAUUGUCACAAGAUUAUUGAUGCCCUUCUUUAAUUCCGGUCUCUCUGUGCAAUUCAUCAGUACUAUAAUGCAUAAGUUCUUCCAAUUGUAUACUCCUGACUCCCAAAUCAUUGAUGGAGAAGCUUUUAAAAUUAUUGUUCCUGAAUACGCAGCAACAUUGAUCAGAUACUGUAUAGAAUGGCUUCAUUUAUUAUCAAAUGAGAUUGUUUAUAUAUUACAAUUGCUUAUUGAACGAGGUUGGUCAGAUACUGCAUUAUUAGAACUUUUCUUCGACAGAUUCGUAUUCCCACAUAUGAGAACAUGGGCAAGGAAGAUAAUAUCCAAGGAUAAGUGGGAAUUGAUCGAAGAAAUCCUUUCUUACGUAAAAAAUUGCGAUCCAGAGAUUCGCAGGUUCAAAGAUUCAAUUUUAGCAACAACAGGAAUGUUUAUGGCCCCAUAUUUUAAUUGUGGGGGCGAUCACCAACCGUUUAGACACUUUGUUUGCGUAAAUGAUAUCGUGAUGCUAGGAAUAGCACUUCACGACAUAAAUCUUAUGCCAAAAACCAUAUCAAUCAAUGACUUCGUUGAUAUCAGUGAGAAAAAGAAGUUUGCAUGGUUUUGGACAGAUAUAUAUCUGAAAAAACAAACUUCUUUAGUUUGUAAGUUGUUUUCCAAGGAUGAUGAGUUAGGCCAAGAGUUUGAUAACCUUAUUGAUCUCAGAUUUGACCUAUCCCAACUUUCAAAUUGGGAUGAAAUCUUAGAUCGUCAUAUUUUAAGUACAAUGGACCUCAUGACCAAUCGUGUUGUCAUUGCCAUACCUCAGAAAGAGCUAAUGACCGUUCAUUCCAUAUACUUUAAGUACGAAUCUUUGUUUAGAUCACGAACUUUGAAGCAACUCUUUAUUUUGUCGGCCAUUCGCUCAAUGAUCACUCAUGUCCCAUCCAGGUACAUACGAAAAGUAAUAGAGAUUGGCCAUUUAUGGAUUCCUUUCAUGUCAAGAGCUCAUACUUUUCUUCGUUUGCCAAAUUUUGACACAUUAGUUUCCCAUUUUCGUCCAUCAUCGCAGCUGAGUUUACUCACGGCCAUGCGAUGUUUUAGAAUGAUCGAUUUUGUCCCAAUCAAUGUCCAGUUCUAUUUAAUUGUUCGUGCCCUGAAACACAUCGAACAUGUUGCAACAAACGAAUUUACAGGAGAUUUGUUGUAUUGUUUGUUGUUUGAGAGGAUGGAGAGUGAAGCUUUUCUUGCAAGUUUCAUUAUUUUGUCUGCUUUCGCUAUGAAAAAUGAUUUCUUUGCUGGACUUGUUUCAAGUGAUGUCAUGGAAUUGUGGAUGAAAUGCGACACAGUUAUUUUGAACUGCCUCGCUUUUGAUCCCGAAUUCAUGGACCAGGUUAUAGAGAUUUCUCAGGAACUGACUUCUUUAGCAUGUCCUUCUCCAAGUAUAAAGAAGGCAGAGUCAGCACCACUCCUGAGUUUGUAUUAUUAA